UCCCGCGCGGGAAAGAUGAUGAGGUGUGGCGCUGGAGCGCGGCGUCGAGGCGCCGGCCUAGCGUGGGUCCGGGCCCUGUGGCUUCGCGUUGAGAGUUCGCUCAUUCGAACGGCAGGUGCCACCCCGGAGCCCGCCCCCCUCGGCAUGAUUGACUCGGUGAAGCUGCGCCGCGACAGCGCGGCCGACUUCUUCUCGCACUAUGAGUACCUGUGCGCGCUGCAGGACUCGGUGCCGCUGCCCGCCGUGCGCGCCUGCCUGCGGCAGGGCGUGCUGGACUUCAACGCUGACCGCCUCCGCGUCGUGGACUGGGCGCCGCUCCUGAGCUCCCUCAAGGUUAAUAAAGAUCUGCCCUUGAUCUCUAUAAAGAGCUACUUCCAACCGUGGCUUGGGGAAACAGGCACUGUGUGACUGUAGGGUGAACACUCCUACCAUUGACUGAUGGAUGAUUCUUUUGUCCUGCACGAAGUCACAAGCCAGGUAUCAUGGAGAGACUGUGAGGAGAAUCUCCCCUCUGAGAAGAUACCCACCCAGUGGGAGAACUUCGUGGUUGAGUUCAAACGUGUUCCCAGUCAGAUUAAUGCCCCAGACACAACAGAUCUUUUACUAGACCUUGCUGCAGGCUUCCCAGCAACCAGAGCAAUGCCUCCACCCCCAACACACCCUCAUCCACGGCACAGCCAUGGUCCAUGUCCACUUCACAUUGGCUAUGUUUGCUAGAAUAAAAAAGCAGCAAUUAACGAGAAAAAUGUUCCUGUCUCUUAGCCCCUUUGAAGCUGUAACUGUCAUAGUUGUCAUGGGUGAGAUGGCCCAGGCCAGGAGGCAAUUUUCAUGUCCCUGGCUUUGAAUCCUGUUCCUAUUUAACAGCUGGAGAGUGACCUGAGUGCUUUUUGGAGAUAGGCAAAGAUUUCUUGCCCUAGCCUGAAAAUGGAAUGUCUUCCUUCUAUGAACAUUCCAGAAUCCUUCCUCUGUCCUCCUUACCCUCUGGUAUCUUCCUCCUGGGGGAAGCAAGAAAAGAUAAAGGAGACUGCUUCACCCUUCUCACCUUGCCUAGGUCUACAGUGCCUAACAGGAAAUAGCCAAGGUUACUGCACAUAUAGAGCCACCUGUGUCCCUCACUCAGAUGCUUACAUGCUCACUGGGAUUAAGAUAAAAAAGAAGAUAGGUCACUGAUGACCACCUUUAUUUGGGGGCAGGGGGUGAGCCAGGCCCAGAGCAGCCUCACUGAGAACCCCCCACCUGUAACCUCACAAAGCUGAAAGUUCUGUUUCUGCUGCUCUAGAGUAUGUACAAGCAUGAAGGCAGAGCAAGGUGAUGGACUGCUGCCAUUUUGAUUAAUAUUAAGCUAAGAGAUGGGGAACAGAUCCCAUCUCCCUAGGCUUCAUCAGAAAGGGAUCAGGGUCUUGGGCACCAGUGCCAGCUAGUCUCCACUGAGACAUCCAGGGUCAGAGACUGCUCCCCAACUUCUGAAUUCAUGGUCUAGCUACCCCCACACUUGCAGUUUCUUCAUUUGUAAUACGUGAAGUUCCUUGUCCUUGUCCUGAAGGCUGAGUAGGGAAUUUUUAGCCCUCUUAGGCCUCUGUACCACCAACACCCUCCUCCCACCCCCAAUUCCCUAGCAGUUUAAAUACUUAGAGAAAAGGAGAAAGAAUUGGCUCAUUUGUGUGCUUGUUUGGAUGUGUUAUCCCCCAAAACUCCAUGUUCUUUGAUGCAAUCUUGUGGGGACAAAUGUAUUUAGUGUUGAGUAGAUUGGAAUUCUUUGUUUGAGUGUUUUCAUGGAAAUGUGACUCCAUCAACUG